AUGGAGUUCACCCUCGCCACCUGGUUAGUUUGUGAGCUGAACAACUUUCCAGCGCAGCCUCGCAAGUUGCAGCCGAGGGUCCGCGGGGCCGGGCUGGGGUUCGGGGCCGGACUGGGGGCCGGAGUCGGGGCCGGGGUCGGGGGGCUCCGUCCCGCUGCCGGACGCUGGAAGAUGCGGGUCUCCGCCGGCUGCCGGCUCGGAUUUAACCCGCUGUUGAUGCCGAUUCUCCUGUUGCUGAUCCUCGUCUCACCGGCGGCCGGAGAGGUGAUGGAACCGAUUUACUGGAACUCACACAACGAGAGGUUCACUGCCCCCCAGGGCUACGUGCUGUUCCCACAGAUUGGUGACCGCAUCGACCUGAUCUGCCCGCGGGCAGCGCCGGCUGCAGCAGGACCGGGUUCACGGGCAGGGCCGAGCUCGCCGGCGGUGUACGAGUAUUACCGGCUGUACCUGGUGAGCCGCGAGCAGGCGGAACGCUGCGACACCGUGCUCAGCCCAACCGUGCUACUAACCUGCGACCAACCCUCGCACGACACGAGAUUCACCAUCAAGUUCCAGGAGUACAGUCCCAACCUGUGGGGCUUGGAGUUCCAGCCCCAACACAAUUACUACAUCAUCACCACUUCAGAUGGGAGCAAAGAGGGGCUGGAGAAUCGCAAUGAAGGGUCAUGUAAUACUAGGAACAUGAAGGUUACCUUGCGGGUGGGGCAAGACCCGGCUGCCCUGGACCCCGCACCUGAUGCAGAGACCCCCCAGCGUCCCGACCCCGACCCCACCGACGGCCUCACCAUCGACGGAGCCAACUCCUCAUGUACCUGGGCCUGGGGGGGGUGGGGGGGCCGGGGGGGGUCCGGGGCCGGAGGGGGGGGCAACAACAACGGCUCGGAGCCCAGCGACAUCAUCAUCCCGCUCCGCACGUCCGACAGCGCCUUCUGCCCUCACUACGAGAAGGUCAGCGGCGAUUACGGCCACCCCGUUUACAUCGUCCAAGAAAUGCCCCCCCAGAGUCCGGCCAACAUCUACUACAACUGUGUGAGGCCCAGCCCCAUGGGGAACCCUGACACCCCCACAUCAAUCCCCUCCCCCCCCACACCCCCACAUCAAUCCCCUCCGUCACGGCCUGUGCCUUCAAGGCUCCAUUCCUCCGCUCUGUCCACCUAA